CAAUAGGUAAUUCACCCAAUAACGAACCCAAACGCUACCCAAUCCCAAACCCAGCUACUCACAUCCACUGCAACAACCUCCCAAGAUUCCGGCGGGCGGCGGCGGCGGCCUCACUCCCUCACUCCGCCGCCGGGAUCGGCCCGGCCCAUGCCAAAUUACUGAAACACCCCUAAUGAUACAUUAAAAGAAUGCAAAUCCCAUUGUUUGAGGCGGUAAGGCAAUCAUUUCAGCCUUUUUUUCUUUCUCCGUCUGUCUCACUCAUAGCGCCCAAAAGGUUUAUCUCAAGAGGCGGCCGACGAGGCUUUGGAGCGGGGAAGUGUAGGGUUAGGGCGAUGCCUGGUUCUUCUUCUGCGAAUUCGGUUGAAGAUAAUGCCGCUUUGCGCAAUUUCAAGCUGAACGAGUCCACCUUCAUGGCCUCUCUCAUGCCGAAGACGGAGAUCGGCGCCGACCGCUUCCUUGAGGCUCAUCCCGACUUCGACGGCCGUGGCGCCGUUAUUGCUAUCUUCGAUUCUGGAGUGGAUCCUGCAGCUGCUGGAUUGCAAGUUACCUCGGAUGGGAAGCCCAAAAUCCUAGAUGUUAUCGAUUGCACUGGGAGUGGAGACAUUGAUACUUCGAAUGUGGUGAAGGCUAAUGCAGAUGGUUGCAUUUGCGGAGCCUCAGGGGCAUCCCUUCUUGUAAAUUCAUCGUGGAAGAACCCCUCAGGGGAAUGGCAUGUGGGUUAUAAGCUGGUAUAUGAGCUUUUCACAGACACGUUGACUUCCCGUUUGAAGAGAGAGAGAGAGAAAAAGUGGGAUGAGAAACAUCAGGAAGCUAUAGCUGAAGCUGUAAAAUGUCUUGAUGAAUUUGACAAGAAACAUGUGAAAGUUGAGGAUGCUAACUUGAAAAGGGUUCAUGAAGACCUCCAGAACAGAGUUGAUUUUCUGAGAAAGCAAGCUGAUAGCUAUGAUGACAAGGGUCCUGUUAUAGAUGCUGUUGUAUGGCAUGAUGGAGAACUGUGGAGGGUUGCUCUUGACACUCAGAGUCUUGAGGAUGAUCCAGAACGAGGGAAACUUGCUGACUUUGUCCCCUUAACUAAUUAUAGGAUUGAACGGAAGUUUGGUGUUUUCAGCAGCUUAGAUGCCUGCUCAUUUGUUGUUAAUGUGUAUGAUGAAGGGAAAAUUUUAAGCAUUGUAACAGAUAGCUCUCCCCAUGGCACUCAUGUAGCUGGGAUUGCUACUGCCUUCCACCCAAAGGAACCCCUACUGAAUGGAGUUGCACCUGGGGCACAGUUAAUUUCAUGUAAAAUUGGAGACUCACGCCUAGGUUCAAUGGAAACAGGAACAGGCUUGACACGUGCCUUGAUAGCUGCUGUGGAGCACAAGUGUGACCUUAUCAACAUGAGUUAUGGUGAAUCCACAUUGUUGCCUGACUACGGACGAUUUGUUGACCUUGUUAACGAAGUGGUGAACAAGCACCGUCUUAUAUUUGUUAGUAGUGCUGGCAACAGUGGCCCAGCAUUGAGCACUGUGGGUGCACCGGGUGGCACAAGUUCAAGCAUAAUAGGAGUUGGGGCAUAUGUCUCUCCUGCAAUGGCUGCUGGUGCUCACGCUGUAGUUGAACCUCCUUCUGAAGGUCUAGAAUACACCUGGUCUAGCAGAGGACCAACUGUUGAUGGUGACCUUGGUGUCUGCAUCAGUGCUCCUGGUGGGGCAGUGGCUCCUGUCCCUACGUGGACACUGCAACGACGUAUGCUUAUGAAUGGAACUUCGAUGGCAUCUCCAUCUGCUUGUGGGGGUAUUGCUUUGCUCGUCAGUGCCGUUAAGGCCAAGGGCUUUCCUGUGAGUCCAUACACUGUAAGGGAGGCUCUUGAAAAUACAUCUAUCCCUGUUGGUGUCUUGCCAGGAGAUAAACUAUCCACUGGGCAGGGGCUUAUGCAAGUUGACAAGGCAUAUGAGUACAUUCAGAAGUUGCAUAAUGUUCCAUGUGUAAGGUAUCAAAUAAAGAUCAACCGAGCUGGCCAAUCAACUCCUGUAUCACGAGGCAUCUAUCUACGGGAUGCUAGUGCUUACCAACAAUCUACGGAGUGGACAGUGCAAAUUGAACCGAAGUUCCAUGAAGGGGCAAGCAAUUUAGAUCAGUUGGUUCCCUUUGAAGAAUGUAUUCAGUUACAUUCUACCGAGAAUGCAUUUGUGAGAGCUCCUGAGUAUCUCCUUCUCACUCAUAAUGGGCGCAACUUCAAUGUAGUUGUGGAUCCUACCAAUCUUAGUGAUGGUUUGCACUAUUGUGAACUGUAUGGAAUAGACUGCAAGGCCCCUUGGCGUGGUCCCCUUUUCAGAAUCCCAGUUACCAUUACCAAGGCGAUGGUGAUAAAAAACCGUCCUGCACAAAUUUCAUUUUCAGGGAUGUCCUUUGUACCAGGCCAUAUUGAAAGGAAGUUCUUUGAGGUACCGACUGGUGCAUCUUGGGUUGAGGCUACCAUGCGGACAUCGGGCUUUGAUACUGCAAGGAGAUUUUUCAUUGACACUGUUCAGAUCAGUCCUUUGCAAAGGCCUAUGAAGUGGGAAAGUGUCAUUUCGUUCUCGUCUCCUUCUGCCAAAAGCUUUGCCUUUCCAGUGGAGGGUGGCCGCACAAUGGAAUUAGUAAUAGCGCAAUUUUGGUCAAGUGGCUUGGGAAGUCAUGAAACCACUUUUGUAGACUUUGAGAUUGGGUUUCAUGGGAUUAACAUUAACAAAGAGGAAGUGGUACUUGAUGGAAGUGAAGGACCUGUCAGAAUCGAUGCUGAAGCUCUUCUAUCCUCUGAGAAACUUGCCCCAGCUGCAAUUUUAAAUAAGAUAAGAGUCCCAUAUCGUCCUAUUGAUGCUAAACUUAGUACUCUUUCCACAGAUCGUGACAAGCUCCCCUCUGGCAAACAGACUCUAGCAUUAAUGUUAACUUACAAGUUUAAAUUGGAAGAUGGAGCUGAAGUAAAACCUCAAAUUCCCUUACUAAACAAUCGCAUUUAUGAUAACAAAUUCGAGUCUCAGUUUUAUAUGAUUUCUGAUUUAAACAAGCGUGUAUAUGCAAUGGGUGAUGUCUACCCAAAUUCUUCAAAACUUCCUAAGGGUGAAUACAAUUUACAGCUUUAUUUGAGGCAUGACAAUGUGCAGUAUUUGGAGAAAAUGAAGCAAUUAGUACUGUUCAUUGAAAGAAAUCUGGAGGACAAGGAAGUCAUUCGCUUGAGCUUUUAUUCUGAACCAGAUGGUCCGGUGAUGGGCAAUGGUAGCUUUAAAUCAUCUGUACUUUUGCCUGGAUUGAAGGAAGCAUUUUAUGUGGGCCCCCCAGCCAAAGACAAGCUCCCAAAGAACUCUCCCGAAGGAUCCGUGUUGCUUGGAGCAAUCUCAUAUGGAAGGCUUACUCUUGAGGUUCAGGAAGGGAGUAAAAAUCCACAAAAGAACCCUGUCUCUUACCGGAUAUCUUAUCAAGUUCCACCCAAUAAGCCUGAUGAAGAUAAGGGGAAAGGCUCUUCCACAACUUGCACCAAAAGUGUGUCUGAACGUUUGGAAGAAGAGGUUCGGGAUGCUAAGAUCAAGGUUUUUGCAAGCCUUAAACGAGUAACUGAUGAAGAACGGUCAGAAUGGAAAAAGCUAUCCAUUUCUCUUAAGUCAGAGUACCCCAAAUACACCCCAUUGCUUGCUAAAAUACUGGAAGGUUUGUUAUACCAAUAUGAUGGUGAGGACAAAAUUCCCCAUUAUGAAGAGAUUAUAGAUGCAGCUGAUGAGGUCGUUGAUAGCAUUGACAGAGAUGAACUAGCAAAGUACUUUGCCCAUAAGAGUGAUCCAGAGGAGGACGAGGCUGAGAAAAUAAAGAAGAAGAUGGAGAUGACCCGUGACCAAUUAGCAGAUGCUCUUUACCAAAAAGGAUUAGCUUUGGCAGAGAUAGAAUCCUUGAAGCAGGGUGAAAAGCCUUCAGCCUUGGCUUCAUCUGGAAGGGCUGGUGAUCAAUCCGGUCUAGAGGCUAAAUCCCUGCUAGAUUUGUUUGAAGAAAACUUUAAAGAACUAAAGAAAUGGGUUGAUGUGAAAUCCUCCAAGUAUGGCAAUCUGCUAGUGGUACGUGAGCGACUCUCUGGAAGACUUGGAACUGCACUAAAGGUACUAAAUGACAUGAUUCAAGAGGAUAGUGACCCACCGAAGAAGAAGCUGUACGAAAUGAAGCUUUCCUUGCUUGAGCAUAUUGGAUGGAGCCAUUUGGUGACAUAUGAGAAGCAAUGGAUGCAUGUCCGGUUCCCAUCCAGUCUACCCCUUUUUUAAGGCUUAUGGGUUAACAGUUGACUGCCAAAUAGUAAUCAAAGAGACUCAACAACCUGUGUGCUUUCCAUUUCCUCAAUAAAAUCUCGGCCUUCAUUAAUUUCCUCCUAAAAUCCCUCUGGAUUUUUUGAAAUGCAGUUUUCCUUGUUGAAACAAAAAAAUUAAGAUAAUUGUCUGUCCUUACUGCUUGGAAUAGCUCGUUUAGCUACAAUUUUUAUUUUUGAAAGAAAGAAUAUGAUGAGUACGUAGCUUGAAACGUAAAUAAUGCCAAAUGAAACUUAGAUGAGCCAA